CUUUUUUUCCAUUCCUCGUCAUCAAUCAACGCCUUCCUCGCAACUUCACAUGCCACCAUACAGCAGACCAACAGAUACCAAAAGAGUUCCACAUAUCUCAGACUCUCAAACCCCUUUUUGAUUCUCGAUCAUGUCUUCAUCACUUGACGGUGUGGGCAAUGGAGACUUGGAGAAAGGGUUGGUUACACGAACACCAAGCCAAAACCCGCUGGCCGAGACACCAACAUCGCAAUCACCAUCCUCGGCCAAUGCACCAGCUCUGGUUCUGUCGAACUCAGGGAAGCGAAUUGAUCAAGCUGGAAAAAAGAAAUACGUAAAAAAGGUGACUGGCCGGCACAAUGACACAGAACUUCAUUUGGCUGCUCAAAAGGGUGAUCUUGCAGCAGUGAAGCAGAUACUCAAUGAUAUUGACUCUCAAAUGGUGGGUACACUAAGCGGAGAGGAUUUUGAUCAGGAGGUCGCAGAGAUCAGGGCAUCAGUUGUGAAUGAGAUAAAUGAGUUAGGAGAGACAGCAUUAUAUGCUGCAGCAGAAAGAGGGCAUAUCGAUGUGGUAAAAGAGCUAUUGAAGUAUGCAAAUAAGGAAACACUUACAAAGAAGAAUCGUUGUAUGUUUGAUCCUUUGCAUAUAGCUGCAAGUCAAGGACACCAAGCUAUUGUCAAAGUAUUGUUAGAUCAUGACCCUGGACUGAUUAAAACGAUUGGUCCUUCCAAUGCAACCCCUCUUGUAACUGCUGCUUCUAAAGGACAUAUAGCUGUAGUUAAUGAAUUGUUUGCAAAGGAUUGUAGCUUGCUAGAAGUUUCUAGAUCGAAUGGAAAAAAUGCAUUACACUUAGCUGCCAGGCAAGGGCAUGUAGACGUCGUCAAGGCAUUGCUUGACAAAGAUCCUCAAUUAGCUAGAAGGACAGACAAGAAAGGACAGACUGCAUUGCAUAUGGCUGUGAAAGGAGUUAACUCUGAGGUUGUUAGAUUGCUCCUCGAGGCUGAUGCAGCUAUUGUGAUGUUGCCUGAUAAAUUUGGAAACACGGCAUUACAUGUAGCCACGAGAAAGAAGCGAGCAGAGAUAGUUAAUGAGUUAUUACGUCUCCCUGAUACCCAUGUCAAUGCACUGACCAGAGAUCACAAAACGGCUCUUGACAUUGCUGAAGAUCUUCCCCUCUCUGAAGAAUCUUCGGACAUAAAGGAAUGCCUUUGUCAUUAUGGUGCUGUUAGAGCUAAUGAGUUGAACCAACCGAGGGAUGAGUUACGGAAAACUGUAACUCAAAUCAAGAAAGAUGUCCAUUUCCAGCUCGAGCAAACUAAGAGAACUAACAAAAAUGUCCACGGAAUUGCUAAAGAACUGCGGAAACUCCAUCGCGAAGGGAUUAACAAUGCCACCAACUCAGUGACUGUCGUGGCCGUGCUCUUUGCUACAGUUGCAUUUGCGGCAAUUUUUACAGUGCCCGGUGGGGAUAAAGAUGACGGGACUGCUGUGGUUGUGCAUAGUGCUUCUUUUAAAAUCUUCUUCAUCUUCAAUGCCAUUGCACUUUUUACUUCUCUAGCUGUUGUCGUAGUUCAAAUUACAUUGGUUAGAGGCGAGACGAAGGCUGAAAGACGUGUGGUAGAAGUUAUUAACAAACUAAUGUGGUUGGCUUCAGUUUGUACUUCACUGGCAUUCAUGGCGUCGUCUUAUAUAGUGGUUGGGCGCAAAUACGAAUGGGCUGCAAUGUUGGUUACAGUUGUCGGAGGAGUGAUAAUGGGCGCAGUUCUUGGAACCAUGACAUACUAUGUGGUGAAGUCGAAGAGGACACGAUUUAUAAGAAAGAGGGAAAGGCAUGCUCGGAGCGGCUCCAACUCAUGGCUUCACUCUGAAUUUUCAAACUCAGAUAUUGACCGCGUUUUUGCCCUUUAAUGGAAGACAACGUGAACGAAGGGAGGAGAUAUGGGAUGAUUUACGACAUAGUAUCAAAGACAUAAAAGGUAAUUUGCUUAGUGAGUUUAUUAUCGUAAAUAACGAUAUUGUAAGAACUUACCCAGCUCUUUGAACUGGAAAAACCGUGCACUAUCUUGGAAUCGGUCCAGUAUCGCUUAAAAACCAUACAUUAUAAACUGGGAUCAGCCACUUGAACCGGCCAUGGCUUGAUCCGGUUGUAUAUUUCUUUAAAAAUGAUCUUUUUUGUUAAGGAGCGGUUAAGGCUUGACAUAUAUGAUAGUAUGAUACUAUGCUGGUAUGCA